AUGAAAAGGUUAUUUCUAUUAAUAUAUGCUAUCACCAUAUUUUCAAUUUAUCUAAUCAAUGGUGCAAUAAAAAAUGAAAGUUACAGAAAAAAAAAGUCAUUGAUGAGUAUCAUAUUUGGAAAUUUCUUAAUCAAAUAUAAGAGGAAAAAAGAGUCUUCUUUGAAUUCUUCAAAAAGUGAGUCAGAUAGUAGUGUUCCCAGCGAACUUGAAGAUCAAGUAAAUUAUGAAAUUUAUAGGAAUAAAAAUAUUUCGAAUGAAGAUGAAGAAGAUAUAGCAAGAGAUGAAUGUAAUAAACUAUAUGAUGAAUUAUACGGAGAACGAGAUAAGGAUGAUAAUUAUGAAGAUACAUAUGAUAAUAAUAAUUAUGAUAAUUAUGGAAUGAAAAAAAUAACGAAUUGUCAUAUAUUAAAUUUACAUUUGGGAGAGUAUGUUCCUAUGGAAAAUAAAAAGCGUGAUUCGGUUAAACAGGUUAUUUUAUUUCAGAAUUAUUAUAAAGACAAUAUAACAAAUGAACAUUCAAAUAAUCUUAGAAAAAACGAAUAUCCAUUAGAUUUUAUUUAUCAUCCUAAAGAAAAAGAAAAAGUAAAAAAGCGUCGACCCAAAAGUAUGGAUUUCGAAUCUAAAAGUUAUGGUACAUUUAAGGAGGAAAAUGACCAAAAAAAAAAAAAAAAAAGAUGGAGUACUAUUGUAUUUUCAAGGAAAAAAAUAAAUAAUUUUGAUAAUAUUGAUGAUGUAAAUGUAUCAUAUUUUUCUUAUGAAGAAGAUAAUAAAUUAGAAAAUAAGGAAAAAAAAAAUACACAAGAAUUUUAUGGAGUUAGAGGUAUAUUUGCGUGGACCUAUGAAGAUGCAUUAAAUUUAAAUACUAAACCUACAAGAACUCAAAGUUCUCCACAUAUAGUUGAAAGUAAUGUGAAGGAAGAAUUUGAAAAAAAAAAUUAUGACGAUGAAAUUGAUUUAUUUUAUAAUUGUAUUAAAGAAGAAAAAAAAAAGAGGGAAAUGGAAAAGGAGGAAAAAAAACAAAAAGAAAAACAAAAUAUAUAUUUAAAAAACAAAAAUGGAAACGAUAUAUUAAAUGAUGAAGAUUUAUUAGAAAAUACACCUCAUAAAGAAAAACAUAAUUAUUCAUGUGUAACAAGUAAUAAAAAUGCUUAUCAUGAAACUCUUGAAAAUCAAAAAAAAGAAGAAUUAAACGAAUUAAAAUAUUAUUUAGAUUUAUUGGAAAAAAAAAAAAAAGAAAACGUGGAAAAAAUAAAUCUCAGACGUUCAUCCUCUUUAUCCCCAUUUAAUACAAAUGAAAAUUCAAAUUCGGAUUUUCAUCUUGAAAAAAAUGAUGACAAAAAAUUAAUGCUGAAUGAAAAAACACACGUCUCAACAGAUAAUAUAAGUGAGUAUUCGUGUUGUAUUGAAUAUAUUUGA